GGCAGAUCAGCGCUUUGAAGAUCCAAGCGCUCGAGCGGGCCAAGCUUGCGGACCAAGCAUUGCAGGCUCAGAAUGCAGAAAACGCUCGCCAAGCAGCCUUGGCUCGCAUUGCGCGUGAACAGCAAGAGCGAAAGGUCCAAGAACGAGAGAGGCAGCUCAGGAUGCAAAAAGCUGAACAGGAGCGUAAGCAACGGGCAGAGCUUCAGAGAAAGCUGAACGAGCAGCGGCAGCGGGAAGAGGAAGCGGAGACGGCGGGGCCAUCGAGAUCACCUGCAGCAUUCGCCGCUGCCGCGGCCAAAGUGAUGGACAAGAAGGUACGCAAGGCAUCUGAACAAAUGAGCAAGAUCAAGAAUCAAAGUGAAAGACAAGCAAUCAGCAGGAAUAUAUCAGAUGCCAGGCGCAAGGCCAAAGUGAUGGGCGAAAAGCCGGACUUGACGAGGGAGGAAAGGAGAAGGGAAAAGCUGGCCAAGCAGCUUGGAAUGCCGGUCUCCAAACGAGCUCCAACCUUAGGGAAGGCACCGUCUGCAAAACCGUCAUCAAGUUCAUCGCCGUUAUCCAGACUGAAGAAUAUACGGGAAAAGUACAACAAUGCAGACCACAUCAAGCUGUCUGGUAAAGAGCGCGACCGACGAAGCAUUGAAGAUAUCGAAAGGGAGUAUCGGGAAAGGCGAAAGUUGACCAGCCCCGGCAGUGGUAGCGGCAGGACAGUAGAUGACGAGCGGCGCAAACUCGACCAGCGGCGCAAGAAGGCAAUGGAGAAAAAGCGGAAAAAGAAGGAGCCUAUUGGCUUCUUGAGCGACUCGACUGACGCAAGCGAUGUCCAGGAUUUGCGGCCAACUAAAAGAGCAGCUUCAUCCACUUCAAGCAAGGUUCUUACUCCACCGCGACAGAGACAACCGACAAUCGAUCCAGCCGACUUCCUGCCUGGCGCUCCCCUGCGGCCAGAGAUGCUCGCCGCAGCGAGGGAUAAGGAAGCCUGGAGGGAGGAGCGCUCGAAAGAGAAAGGAAAGGGAAUGGCAACCGACAGAGCAAGGUCUACUCAUGACUCUCAGGCAAACCAGAAGGCUCGAGGCAGCAAAGGGAAAGCAGCCAUCACAACUCACAAGGUGACUGCGAGAGAGCGAUUUUUGCAAAUGGAAGCAGAGAAGCGAGCUCAGAAGCAACAAAAUUCGGACAGUUCAGACGACGGGAGUGAGACAGAACCCAACGAAGACUACAACAGUGAAGAAUCAGAAUUGGACGUCGAUCGACGGCGGCCAAGCAGCCAAGGUGGCAAAUCAAAUCUUCCGCCAGAUGUACUGGCGAUGCUGAGAAGGGGACGCGACAAGCCCUCGUACGACUCUGUCGACUCUGAUGACGAUGACAUGGAAGCAGCAAUCGAAGAAGUGGAACAGGAAGAGAGGAGAGCUGCCAAGAUUGCCCGAAAGGAAGAUGAGCGCGAGCUGGAGCUCGAGAUGCAACACGCUGCAGAAAAGGCCAAGCGCAAAUCUCAGAAAGGAAGGGCCUGACUUUGCCGCAUUUCGAUGCGGAUCUCCACACAUCAAGCAAAUCUACACAGGUGUUGAAUUGCUGGUAAUGAUUG